AUGGAUAAGACUAACAUCUUCAAGGAACUUGGUAAACCUCGGAAGAAAGGAUUUGGAUCAAGAGAUGGACAAUUAUUAAUUCAAAAAGAAAGGACAGAAGGAUUAAGUGAUGAUGAAAAAAAUGAAAUGAAAGAACAGGAAAAAAAUAAACAAGAAGAAAGCGACGAUUCAGUUUUAUUUGUGGAUGAUGAUGAAGUAUUAAAUAAAAAACCUGAAGAAAGUAUUGUUUUUAAUGAACAAGAAGAUGAUGAAGUUUUCUUUGAUGAUGAUGAUAAAAUUAUUCCGUGUGAUAAUUUAAAAGCAGUUGAGUGUAAAUUAAGAAGUGAACGAAUGAAAGAAAAAACAAAUUUUCUUUUAACUGAAGAGAGUCAAAUUAUUAGAAAUAAAUUUAUACAAUAUUUGUAUGAUGAGUAUUAUCAAGAUAGAAUGAUUCCUUUUAACGAGUUAGUUAAGGUAUUAAUUAAACAAAUAGAUGGGUGUUUAAAGGGCAUACAAGAAUAUUGUGUUAAUAUUAUUUCUAUUGUUGGAAUGACAACAACAAAUUAUGAUUACAUGUCAAGUAUCAGAACAACAUUAUUAAGUUAUGGAAGACUAUGGCAUGACAUUAGCAUUGAAGAUACAUUUGAAUCAAGUGAUACUAUUGUUAUUAUUAUUGAAUUACCUGAACAAGAAAAAUGUAUUGAAACUAUUUGGAGAGUUGCAGAAUCAUUAAGAAAGAAAUUAAUAGUGUUUUUAGUUGGAAAUACGAUAGUUGAAUGUGAUAGGUAUUUGCUUGGACAUGAUUAUCCAAUGAUUAAAAUAGCAACUAUUUCAACUAGUACAACACAGAUAAUUAAUCAUUUUGAAUAUAUGCAAUUAAAAGAAACUAUUAUUGGUAAAUUACCAUUGAUUCAUCCAUCAAUAAUAUCAUAUAAUAUUAUGUUAUAUAGAGAUUUUCAUCAUUCAUACAAACUGUUUAUUCAAUUUAUAAUUCGACAUAUAGAACAUUCAGUAAUAUUUACAAAUCCUUCACUAAUAAUACCUCAAUUUCUUGAAGGAAUGUCUGAGGCAGAUGAAAAAAUCAAAUUAGGGAUUGAACAAACUUAUGACUUUUUAUCUGUUAUAUUUACUCGAUUAUUGUUCUCAAUUCAAACUUUAUCACAAAUUCAUUUUCAUAAAUUAUUACCACCAUAUACUUCACUUCUUAAUAUUUCUGAUAUUGCACAACCGUUAUUUAAUUUUAAUUUUCCUUCAAAUUUCAAUAAAAUUAAUAUUCCUGAAGAUGCUGAUGAUGAAUUAAAAAAUAUUAUAAAUACAAUUAAUUCAUCUCCAUCUUCUGAAACAUUUAAAUUAUUAUUAGAUUAUAUCUCAAUAACAAUAGGUAUAAUCAAAACGUUCCAAACAAAUUAUCAAUCAAAAAUCGAAUGUUGUUGCGUUUCAACUAAAAUUGAUUUUAAUUCCUUUUCUUUAUUUGAUAUAAUUCGUCAUUGUGAAGAAGGUAAACCUAAAGCACAACAAAUAUUUACAAAUUAUAGAAUCAUAUUAAACAAUGUUAAUAGAAAAGGUAUUAUUUCCGUAGAAAAUUGUCUAUCACUCUUUCCUGAUAAAUCACCUGAUGAAGUAAAAACUUUAAUAAAAGAAUUAAUAACAUUUGGAUUAUUCGUUCCUCAUAAUGACGAACUUCGUUCUACAGAAAUUGUCAUUACUUCUUCUAUAAAUGAAUGA